UUGAAAAUAAAGAGCGAAGGUAUCUUGCCUAAUGUUGUGACUUACAGCACCUUAAUCCGUGGUUUAUGCAUGUCAAGCAGAUGGAAGGAAGCUUUUAUGUUGCUUAACGAAAUGUUGAGAGCGAACAUCACACCAAAUAUAAUUACCUUCAAUACUUUGGUUGAUGGACUUUGUAGGGAAGGAAAGGUUUCAAAAGCUCAUGGUGCAGUUAAAUUGAUGAUGCAGAGAGGAAUAGAGCCUGAUUCUAUCACCUAUAAUUCAUUGAUGGAUGGAUAUUGUCUACACAACCAAGUGGAUCAAGCUAGAGAAAUUUUUGACCUGAUGGUAAGCAAGGGUUGUACACCUGAUGUUUUUACCUACAACAUCUUGAUUCAUUGUUACUGUAAGAGAAAAAUGAUAGAUGAAGCAAUGCGGCUUCUUGAUGAAAUGCGUCGCAAAGGCUUGAUGGCUAACCAUGUCACUUAUAGUUCUCUUAUACGUGGCUUGUGUAAAGCAAAGAGCCCUUGUGCUGCACAUAAGUUUUUCAAGGACUUGUGUGCGAGUGGCUAUUCUCCCAACGUGGUGGUGUACUCGGUUUUGAUAGAUGGCUUUUGUAAGCAUAGCUGUCUUGAUAUGGCAUUGGAUCUAUUUCAUGAAAUGCAAAAUGCAAAAAGAAGAGUUAUUUGGAAGUGUCCUAAACACCUUAUUGUCUUAAUAGUAACUGCUAAUUGA